CAACAGUAAAACUCUAAAAUGUCAAGAAGAAGACCAACUCUGUCUGGUGCCGGAGGCGCAGACGUUGACGUGGAUGAAAUCAGCGAGUCCUUCUCACUUUUGGAUGUUGUUUAUGCUAAUCAGUUUGAAGGAGAGUUCAUAGGCCAAACAACUGUUGAAGAAACAGAGGAAAACUUUUACAGGGGCGCUCCACCAAAAUGGUUAAACUUCCAUAUUAGUAAAUUGGCAGAGGCGGAUGGCACCGGUUCCCCAUUUAUCAAAAGAGAUGGUUACAAUAGACUUGUGAAGCUGAUUAACAAAAGGAGGAAAGGCCCCGGGACAUCAACACUUAAACUGUUUCACCAGCAAGGAUGUGGGGGAACCACACUGGCCAUGCAGGUGUUGUGGGACUUGAGAAAAACCUUCAGAUGUGCCGCAUUGACAGGCUCAACUUUAAACAUCACCAAAGUGGCAAAGGAGGUGGUCCACCUUUUCACAGCAGGCGACCAAUACAGUCUCAACACUGUGCUGCUGUUGGUAAAUGAUGAGUUCAUUUUGGAUCAUCUCCAAGACGCCAUCAUGGAGGAGAUCGGAGAACACCAGCUGGACAUCGACAUGCCUGUAGUCAUCGUACUGAACUGUGUCAGAAGUGACCAUGUCGUCCUUGAAAAGGAAACCCUUUACAAGGAGAAAGAGGAGUACCAGAUAAAAGAUGUCAUCCUCAAAAAAACAAUCUCAGACACAGAAAAGCAGCUAUUUGAUGCAAAGAAGGAAGAGCUUAACAGAAAGUACGGUGAUAAAGUCAAGCAGUUCCAUGGUUUUAACAUACUUCAUACUAAUUUCUCACCGGAUUACGUCGAGGAGGCAUGUGCUAUAUUUAACAAAAUGGACAGAAAAAACAAACCUCUGAAGACCCGGCUUGCUGCCUUCCUGUCGCUGCUGAAUGCCUAUGUCCCAGGUUCAUAUCUGCUGGAGACUCAGUGUCUGGAUUUCCUCACUCAAGGAAACCCAAUCUACGAUGACCGGUCACUGGACGAUCAAAUGCAGCCCUUCAGCCAUCUUGUCAUCACCUUCCAACGUGAUAGAAGAUGUGAAAGAAAAGUCUGCAUGGCCCAUCCCAUGAUAGCAAAGUUCUGCACGGAACUGAUGGCUGCUGCAGGCGUGACCAGAAGUGACACAGCAAGAAACUUCUUGACCAGUUUUUGCAGCGAUGACGUACCUCACUGUUUACUUGGCUUCGUCAAAGACAUGCUGACGAAAAGAGAGAAAAUACAAGUCAAAAGACCAGAUGGGGCCCAAGAGCAUCGUGAGAAACGAAGGACAGAGCAUGACAACUUGGAAAAAUUCUCCAAACUGAUUUUGCACAUUACAAAGAUGGAAGACAAAAAGCAGAGUGUGUCGGUUCUUAAAGUGGCAUCGAAUAUAUUCCCCAGCAAUGCUUUGUUUCCCCAGGCACUGGCUCGUUUUUGUUACGGAGAACUAGAGGACUAUAAGGAAGCUGAAACGUGGGCACAAAGGGCCAUGGAAAGAGAUCCUAAGAAGUCAUUUAUCGCUGAUACCCUGGGCCAGGUUCAUAAGCACCAUCUAAAGAACAAAGACCUCCGUGCUGAACCAAGAGAAAUGUUGCAAUUAGCGCAAAAGGCCAUUGAAGCUUUUGAAGAUGAAGAGCAGCUUGCAGAGAGCGAACACAAGAAAAACAUGACGGAAGAUGAAAAGGCAAAAGUCUUGCGCAGUUUAAACAUCAGAGGGCACUUUGGUUUCUUGCAGGUUUGCAACAUUCUGUUCAACCAACUUGUCGGCCAAAAUGAAACUUGGAGACGAGUCCUCACCGGUAACGUGUCCUUGGGCUCCGUCCUACAUUCGCUUGGCGAUAACAAAGUCUUCCGAUUUAAUGGUCUAAUAAGCCAUCUCAGAGAGAAGGUUGAGAAAAAAUUUGAAUUUCUCGACACCUUUCUCACUUUUUCACAGUCCGUCAUGAAGAAAGAUAUGGCCUACGUCUCUGCAGAAGCUGCAGAAUGCUACAAAAAGUAUGUCGGAGACUCGGCACCCAAAAACAAAGACAAAUUUGAAGACAUCCUCCAAAAACUUAAAGAAAAGCUCGCCGUCACCUCUGCCGGAGUACUCUCGUGUCUUGACAGAAGUUUCCCUGCUGAGGUUAAACUCAUCGCAGGAUGGUGGGAGGAAAUGUGUCAGAGCAAAAAUGUAAGUACACAAGCCCUGGUCAACUCCAUCCUUGCCAAGAUCAUGCUGAAAAAUAUGAACAUGACGACAUGCAGUUCUGACCUUCACACCACUUUAAGACAGAAAAAACCGCUGUCCUCUGAUAUGCAGACCGAGUAUCACAUGUUAGCCCUGCUUGUGUUUUGGCCUACGGAUGACGACGACAGACCCUCUGAUCUGCAUCAAUUAAUAAGACAAGUUAAGCACUCCUUUGACCAUGAUUAUCAGACAAUCCUUCGAUCUCGGUACCUCAGACCUGUGUUUUUCAUCGGACCAGGAAGAGGUCUGAACAGGUUUGUGCACAGGAGGAAGAUUGAGAUUUUUUGGACAAAAGAUGCACUACUGGACUCAGACACCAACUGGAGGGACGAGAAUAUUUUCAAAGACCCCACGGUCCAGAACAACCUAGUCAAACUUGAAGGAGUGGUGCGAAACUACAGACUGUACGCCACAUUCGGAGGCACAGAGAUCGAGCUCGAGGCCAACCGGAGAGACGGCCUGUGGAAGUCUGGUGACGUGUCAUUUUACCUUGGAUUCACUAUCAACGGGCCUGUCGCCUUCAGCAUCGAGAAGAGAUUACAGAUCACUGCAGGUCCUCCAGAAAAGUUAAAGCUUGAAACUUCUGAUUGUGACAUGGACUCCUGUCGUUGGACUAAACUUGAACCAGAAGUCAGAAGACUGGAUGGGAUCAAAACCUACAGCCUGCAGUCACACGGAGGAAGCUUUGAAUGCGGCGUCUCUUCACUGCGCUGGGUUUGCCAGGAACCCAUCAGCUUCAGCUACCAGUUUUGUUCCUGGGAGAAUCACAGAGAGAAACCUGCGUGCAUCGGCUACAUGCCUGCUGGACCCCUGAUGGACAUUUCACUCACCGCUGGGAAGCCAGAGGAGGUGUACCUGCCACACUGGAUAGACACUGAAUCUGCAACUUCAGACAUGUUCACAGUCCUUCACGUCGAUGCCUGUGGCGACUCUGUUCAACAAGUGUCUGAACUGACGCCACGCCAUGUCAAACUAGUCCGGCCAACUUUCUCUCCAAACGGGGUCAUGUUUCGGAUGAAACUGGGCAUACCAGUGAAGGUUUACCACGAUGUGUUGAUAUUCAAGACAAAGAAGGAAUUCCUCACGUUGCACCUUUACCUGGUCCCUCCUGAUCCUGAUCUACAAGAGAAAGUGGUGAUUGGGGAGUCAUCCUAUGGCUCAAUAAGGAUCCCUAAACCAAACCCAGAAAAGUCCCUGCAAAUCCUGGAGGAUUUCCUCUUGAAAUCAGAUGCAGAUGUUGCUGAAAUUUCCCCCGAAAAAAUGAAGCUUAGGUACAAAAGAAGAACAUACUUUGAGGUGUUCCUCAGAAAUGUGGACGGGGACUUCAAACUACAACUUCAAACGCAGAACAAAGACAGAGUAGAGGAGAUCGUUUGGACGUGUACCCUGCGAAAAGCCAUGCAGCCGCUUCAUUAG